UUAUUUUCUCUGCUUUAAAACAGCAAAUAGGCAUUGCAUCGUGAAUUCGGCCUACCACAAAUCUCCCACUACUUUCUUCAGCGUUUGCUCGUGGUCCUCAUCCCUGGCUAUGCCACUGAAACCAAGCAUGUGUUAUUCCACUCUUUGGAGCACAUAUUAUCUUUGUCUCUGCCUCUACCGCAACGGUUGUUUAAUUUCUGAUAUAAAAUUCCCAGGUCUUGGCAGUAACAGAUGGGAGGUAGAGGAGUUAUCAGUGAUAAAUGGUCCAUGAGGGUUCUUUGGCUUUGUGCCCUUGGAAGUGCAGUCGGCCUAUACAUGGUUGCGGUAGAAAGGCAAACGCAGAACCGGGCACGAAUGAUGGCUGAAGCUUUGAAAGAAUCAAAUGCUGACAUGGGGGAGGAAGUUUAAGUUCAUACUUGUCUAAAUGUCAACACAAAUGGUUCAUUUCUUUUUCCUGUUGUAGGUGUCGGUCAAGGUUUGAGUCCUCUGUUGGGUUUUACCAAUCUCGCGUUUAACUUUCGAAGUAUUUGUGUCUUGAGGAGUAAGAAAUGAUACAGGAGACUGGCUUUGUGUUCAAUGAAGCUCCUUUUCAGUAUGAGAUGUCUGAAUAGGUACCGGAUAACGUGGAUUUUUGGAUAUUUAGGCAAGGAUUCAUUUGGAUAUUUAGGCAAGGAUUCAUUUUUCCAAAUGCAUUAGCCCGGACUGGUAUCUUGUUGGAAAUUGACUCAUUGCUCUGAAUAGUUUUUGGCUGCAAAUAAUACCUUAUAACUGCUAUUUCAAUGCA